UUUAGAAAGCCAACUAACUAAUUAAUUUUCAAAACUGCCAAGUUGUGAGAGUUUGCUUGUGUUGCAAGUCACUUAUUUGUAACACAAUCAAACUGUCACUAUAGCUGAAUUACAUUUUCUAAUGCUUCUUCUAAUUCAGAUCAACUAAUCUUUUCAUCCCUAUCAAUCAUUUGAGACCUUGCCAACUUGCACUUAUAGCUUGGUUAAAAUAUCUGUAAGUUAUAGCUCAAUUUUAUAGUAUUUAAUCUUCAACUUUUCCUUGCCAACUUGGUCUCUUAAGAAAUGAUUUUUUUUUAUAUGUUUGCUCCUUCCAUGGCUCAUUGUAUAAUUUACUAGAUCAGUUGUUGAUUUGUUAUCAACUAACAACUUGAUCUUCAUAACUUCACUAACAUUCAACUCUUCCAAAUUCCAAUAGCAUUUCAAUCCAGGAUUCGAAGGAGGUUAUGACAUACUUUGCUUCACAACAUGAUACAGAUACUAUCUCUUGUUUAUUUGAGCUUCACAAGUAGUCUGCUUUACAUUUUUGUGUCAUCGUGAAUUCAUGAUCUCCUCCCCAAUCUAAAUCUUUGCCUCCCUUAUCGGGUUCUUCUAAUUUGGCAUGAGUACUCCAUAGUCCGCAGAGCCUAUAAUGUAUUUGAGGAUCAUUUUGGAUACAAUUAAAUGGCAUGAUCUUGGUUCCUCCAUGAAUAUUCUUACCAAGCUCACACCACAACAAAUAUCAGUUACUUAUAUCAUCAAAAUUCAUGGAAGUAGAUUUUUGGACAAGAAAAGAAGAUAUCACCCAGUUGCUGGCACAGUGAUACAUCUACUCUUCAACUUCCAUAGGCUGCUUGAGUACAUGACUGACCUUACAAUUAGGAGAAAAACUUACAGCUUGCUUAGCUUCACUAGAAGUGCAGUCUACACUUCAGAUCCUGCUAAUGUUGAGCAUAUGCUGGUUACAAACUUUUCAAACUACGGCAAGGGUCGGUAUCACCAUGAUGUCCUGACAGAUCUACUGGGAGAUGGUAUAUUCACGGUGGAUGGAGAGAAGUGGCAACAUCAACGGAAAUCAGCAAGCUAUCAAUUCUCGACUAAGUUAUUGAGAGAAUUCAGCGGCUCAGUGUUCAAAUCCAAUGCUGUCAAACUUGCAAGGAUAGUGUCCGAAGCAGCAAUCUCAAACAAUAUCAUUGAGCUGCAGGACUUGCUCAUGAAGUCAACUCUAGAUUCUGUAUUCAAAGUUAUCCUUGGUGUAGAACUGGACACAAUGUGUGGAACAUAUAGAGAAGGAACACAAUUUUCCAAAGCUUUUGAUGAAGCAAGUGCUGCUAUCAUGUUUCGGUAUGUUAACUUUCUCUGGAAGGUUCAGCGGUGCUUGAACAUCGGUUCGGAAGCAGUACUAAAGAAAAGCCUAAAAGUGAUCGACGAAUACGUGUAUAAAUUAAUCAGAAGCAAGAUUGAGCAAUCUCAAAAUCCACAAGAUAACUCUCUUGGAUUGAAAGGAGACAUUUUGUCAAGGUUUCUCGAAUUAAAUGAGACAGAUCCAAAGUACCUUAAAGACAUUAUUUUGAGUUUUAUCAUUGCAGGAAAAGAUACAACAGCAAUCACUCUUUCCUGGUUUCUUUACCAACUGUGCAAGAAUCCUCAUGUGCAGGAAAAGAUUGCACAAGAGAUUAGGGAGGCAACAAAAGUAGAAAAUGGAUCAACUAUUGACAAUCUUGCGGCUCAAGUAACCGAUGAAAGCAUGGAAAAGAUGAAGUAUCUGCAUGCAGCAUUGACCGAGACACUCAGGCUGCAUCCACCAGUUCCAUUGGAAAGCAAGUAUUGUUUUUUGGAUGACAAAUGGCCGGAUGGAUAUAAUGUGAGGAAAGGUGAUCUUGUUUCAUUCCAACCAUAUGUGAUGGGAAGGAUGAAAUUCUUAUGGGGUGAAGAUGCUGAGAUUUUUAGGCCAGAGAGAUGGUUUGAUGAAAAUGGAAAUUUAAAGAGAGAAAGCUCUUUUAAAUUUACAGCUUUCCAGGCGGGUCCAAGAAUUUGCCUUGGCAAAGAGUUUGCAUACAGACAGAUGAAGAUAUUUUGUGCAAUUCUGUUAGGUAGCCACAGCUUCAAACUAGCAUACCAAAACAAAUUGGUAAAAUAUAGAACAAUGCUCACUCUGCAAAUUGAUGGUGGCCUGCAUGUAUAUGCUUUUAAGAGAAAUUAAUAAUGGCCUUACUAUGGCACAAAUUUACCAUAUAUGGGAAAGUGAAUGGUUAUUAUUCAAUA